AUGGCUAGUACUAGCGUACGAGACAGGGACCAAGACCAUGAGCUGUCUCAUGAUUACGAGGAUGCACUUACAAAGGCGAUAUUGUUCCUCGAAGGCCAACGGUCGGGAAAAUUACCCUCGGCUCAGCGAGUCAAAUGGCGUGACGACUCAGCCUUGUCUGAUGGCGAGUCCAAAAAUGUGAAUUCAAGUGGAGGAUACUAUGACGCCGGUGACAAUGUGAAGUUCGGGUUCCCUAUGGCGUAUACAAUCAGCUUGUUGAGUUGGGCUGCGAUCGAGUACAACAAACGUAUUAACUCAGUGAGUCAACUAGGAGAUGGAAACAAGGAUCACGCAUGUUGGGAGCGGCCGGAGGACAUGGACACACCCCGAACAAUCACGGAGAUCAAUGCUGGUUCUCCAGGGACGGAGGUGGCGGCUGACUCGGCCGCGGCACUUGCUGCAGCCUCGAUUGUUUUCAAAGGGAUCGAUUUAGAAUAGUCAUCAAGACUAGUAAACCAUUCAAAAUCAUUAUUCGAGUUUGGGGACAAAUAUAGAGGAUCAUACCAGGGUUCUUGCCCGUUCUACUGCUCCUACUCUGGUUAUAAUGAUGAGUUGUUAUGGGCAGCGGCUUGGCUUUACAAGGCGACUGGAGAAAGCAGCUACUUAAACUACGCGAUAAGCAAUCGAGGGUGCAGCCAAGCCGCUACAGAGUUCAGCUGGGACAAUAAGUUUGUGGGAGCUCAGACUUUACUUGCAAAGGUAAUAACACAAUUUAAAUAUUUUGCAGGAAAAAGUGAGCUGGAGCCGUUUAAAACAGGAGCCGACUCAUUUAUAUGCGCCGUGACGCCAAACAGUGGCUCGCUCCAAAUCAAAACUACCCCCGGUAAGCUUUCAAAAUGGACUUUGUUCACUAGAGAUAGUAGCAAUUUACAGUAUGCUUCAAGUGCUAACAUGGUGUUACUCGCUUACUCCAACAUACUCAUUGGAUUUGUCCAUUGUGGCCCCACCAAAUUCACUCGUGAUCAGAUCAAAUCCUUCGCAAAAUCUCAAGUUGAUUACAUUCUUGAGAAAACCCCUCUAAACAUGUCAUACAUGGUUGGGUAUGGGAAGAAGUACCCAACACAAGUGCACCAUCGGGGUGCAUCCAUUGAUUCAGUGUAUGACAACCAGACUAAGGUGGGCUGCAACGAUGGCUACUCAAGCCACUAUUCUUCGAGUAAACCUAACCCUAAUAUCCAUGUGGGUGCAAUUGUCGGAGGCCCAAACUCAAACGAUGGGUUUAGGGACAUAAGAUCAGACUCAUCGCACUUGGAACCUACAACUUAUAUGAAUGCCGCUUUCGUGGGACCUUACUUGGUGAUAAUCAUGACCAAUCAGAGGUGCUCGAAACCCCUAAAACAAGUCUUGUAG